UCCCAAUGAAUGAGAUUCUCCCAGGAAUGAAGGAAUGGAAAUGCAAGGUGAGAGUGAUCAAGAAGUUAGGAGCUAAGCAAGCUAACAAUAAUCCUAAUAAAUUUCAGAAACUAAUCUUGGGUGAUGGCUUGGGCCACACUCUUGAUGCUGUGAUAUUCCAUGAUAAUAUAGAUAGGUUCAAACAUGUGCUUCAAGAGGGUAAUGUUUACAUGGUGAAAGGAGCUUAUGUUUCUGAUCCAAAGCAAUACAGGAAUCCAAUUGUGACAUGUAAUUACCAAUGGACGUUCAGAAAAGAUACUUCGGUGAAGGAAGAACCAAAUGAUUCUAUACCUGCUGGGGGACUAAGUUUUAGAACAACUCCAAGUUGCGAGUUCCACAAAUUCCUCUCAACAAAGACAUUGAUCAGUUAAGCUAAGCAACUUAGUUAUUGAAGAUUUGUGAAUGAUAUUUCUAUAUUUAUUUUAGCAAUGUUAAUUAAUCAUUUUCUUCUCUUACUUAGAUACUGCUUGUGUCAUUAUUGCUACCAAUGAACCUCGGGUAGUCACAG